AUUUCGAAAAGUAUCACUGCACUUACUGCCAAGAAGAUAUAAGUGGGUUGAGGAUCAAAUGUGCAGAAUGUACUGAUUUCGACCUAUGCCUACAGGUAGAGUUGGUGUCAUGUGAUGUAGGAUUGUUGGAGGGGAGGAAUUGGCGAGAUAAGAUAAAUGACGCAUUUUCAUCGUUUCUGUGUUCGCAUUUUCAGUGUUUUUCUGCUGGAGCUGAAAUUGGACCACACAAAAAUGAUCAUGCCUAUCAGUUCAUGGUAAGAUAUUUCAACAAAAAUGAUCAUGCCUAUCAGUUCAGGGAUUAUGUAAACAAAGGUCCAAAGAAAGAAGAUGUGGUGCUUACUCCCACUGCAGGUCCUGAGAAGUACAUUCUUCAUUAUCUUGUGAGCAGUGGAUGGAUAACAGCAAGCUAGUGCAAUUGGAGGAUAUGUGUGUACAGUGUAGAACAGACAAUUGUUAGUGGCAGUGUAAGGAGAAUGUCAGCAGUUGUGUCUUAUGGCAAGAGAGGGAGCCUACCUGACUGAAAAAUGUAAAUUUUUUAAGCCUUUGAUUGUGUUAAAUAUUGAAUGUGUUCUUCAUUCAGUUGCUGAAAAACAAAGAGCACUUCAUGGUGCUAUAUAUUCCAGAUUUUAAUUUUAAAUAGAAAUUCAGUAUGGAACACCCAAUUCAGGACCAAGGUGGAUUUGGGGAACAAAGAAUGAUAGAAAAUCAAUUAUAAUGGCAUUUAUUGAAAUACUUGUAUUAAAUGAUGUUUAGGUAUACUUCAACCCUCUGCAAAUUAGUAAUGGAAAAUGUUUUACGUGGACCUUCUGCCUGCGUGUAAUAUCUAAAUACCUUUGCUAUUUAUAACAAUUCUAUUCUUCCAAGGAUAUUGCCAUUUUAUUUAAAUGAUUAUGAGGAAUUACUUGGAAACAAAUAUUAAUUGUCAAAACGUGAGAGUUAAGAUCUGUAUGUCCUAUGUUAAGGAAGGUGAUUGUGUGGCAAGUCAGGUUUAUUCAAUUUACUAGCAAUUAUUUUUCUUCCCAGAAAGUAAAUAAAGCACAAUUCAACUGCUGAAUGUCUUUUACUUUCUUAAAAAGAAAAAAGUUCUCAAAAUUCAUAAUAUAAGCAGCGUUCCUUUUGACUUGUACUGUAUUCAAUCAGAAAAUGACCCUAAAACCACCUUGAGUAGCCUGUUAUUAAAUUUGGGAAGCAAUAUCACCAUGUACCACUGUAUAGUUCCUUUUUACUUUUGAUUCUCCUGUAUUUACCAGAAUCAUACCAAAAGACUUUGUAGAUACUACUUAUUUGAUUUUGUAAUGUAUUAUUAUUUUGUAGUGCACUUAUAGUAAGUUUCCCCAUUGUAAAUAAAUGUGUACCUUUUUGAAAUAAGAGGUAGAAUGUUCAAACUAUUAGAAAAUACAUGAUAUUUUUGUUAUGAGUAUUCAACAUUCUAUUUACUUUGUCAAAGUUAUAUGUAUUCUACUGUAUCUAUUUGAUACCUAUAUUGUUCUCUCCUUUUAUUCCCGUACCUCUGAAGUAAGUUUAUUUCAACUUCUACUGUUGAUGCAAUACAAAAUUACAUUGUGAUGAAAUAUUCAAUACCCUGUAAAAUCCAUGGUCUUGCAAAUAUAUUCAAUAGAUACAGUGAAAUGAAGUUUGCGAUCUCAUGUUUAGUUGCCAUUAUUAUUUGAAAAUAUGUCCUCUGGUUUUAGUAAUUCAUAGCUUUUAAUUAGCUUUAUUGUAAUGUUAAGUUCUUAUAAAUGAACCAAUAUGUACAAAAAUCUUAUAUUGUCUUUUUAAUAUACAAUAAAAUUUGAUAUUUAAAUAAAUGUCUCGAUAUUAUGUUAUGUUAAAAAUUUACUUUAAACAGUUUUCAUUUUCAGCUAUUUCUCAAAGAUAUUAAGUGGAGACUCAUGGCUUUUAUUGUGGUUGAUAGAAUUUAUUUAAAUCUUGAAUACUAGCAUGAAAUUUCCAGGUGAUGCAUGUGCACAUUGUAAAAUAUUUAUUGAGGAACAAUUGUAGUAGUGGAUGUGUCACAAUAGAUCAUAUCUUAAAAGUGAGAAAUUCGUGGUCAUUUAACAAGAAUAUUUUGUUUUCAAUUUACAAGCAAGUAAUAAUAAUUGUAUUUGGUGGGCAACUCACUAUACCAACCUUUGAUGAAAGGCUCCCAAGUUGGACUAUUUUUGCCCUUUCAGUGCUAGUAUGCAAGAUGAUGAUGUGCUAUGACUUUGAUUACAAUGAUAUACUUUCAUUAAUUCCCAGUUUUCAGUUAAGAAUUUGUACUUCAGAAAUGUGUUCGGUGAUAUUUUUCACAUUUGCUCCAAAUGUGAACUUAAAUUGUAAUUCUUUCUAGUUCAUUACAGAAAUAUAAAUUUCUAUAAGAUUCAUGGUUUGUUGGGUGUAGUUCCACCAUUUUUUGCAUUUAUGUUAAUUAAUAAUGUUUAAUCCCAUGACAAAAGUGGGAACAAUGUUUCUUAAUGUAUUUGUUUUACAAGCAAUAUCCAUCACAUUUGCUUACAGUAAGUUGUAACAAACUGCAAAAACAUGAAAUGAAGCUUUCAUCAUUACAUGAAACAAUGCAAAAAUAAUAUUAGGUUGUCUGCCAACAAUGUAGACAUUAGUUUUAAUACAUUUCUAUGCAAGUGUAAAUGAUGUUCUCCAGCAAUAACAUAACUGAUUUACAGAAUCUGUUGAAGAAUCAAUAUAAGCAAUACUGUUUGCAAAGAGGGAAUAUGUUUAGAUGCACAGUCUUUGGUAAUUAUGGGUAAAAAAAUUCUUCGAACAUUCAGGAUCAUUCAGGGAAAAUUAAGCGUUGGGCAGUAGAUCCAUGGGCCCCUCAUAUUUCAAAUAGAAGUUUGCUCCCACACACUUUCAAAACUCCUUUCUCAAUGAUAUUGGAGAAAAUGUAAGUUCCCUUUUUUUUUCUUUUUGUAGGAAUAUUGGGAUAAUUACAACUUCAUUGUUCUGCUUUUCAUUACUUUUUCUUUGCAAUUGGAAAAAUAAGAACAAAUUGUUCAUGUCAAAAAUGUAAAAUAUGCCUGAAUUUUUACUACCCACAAAUAUUUUGAAUACAAUAAGAACUAAAAUUGGUGAAAAUUAUUAUCGAUUUGCAUCGACAGAUAUUUAUAGUGAGAACAUAAUUUACAUUCUGCUUAUUAUUUUCUUUGUGAGCUUUUCUGAAGAUUGUAAUAAUAUGUAAAGACUAUUGCCUUUAUGGUACACUCUGAGGAACUGAGAAUAGUAAAUGUAUAAGCAUUUUCACCUAGGUUUACAAGUUUGUGGUCUGUUUAAAAUGUCAGUUCAUUGGCGUCUGAACUUAUUCUGGAUCAAAAACAUAAAUAAACUAUCUUUUUGCCAUUCUGUUGUUUUUAAAUGUAUAGAAAUUGCUUUAUUAAAAUUCACAAGAUAUUUCAUUUAAAGAAAUCAUUUUAGUGGGCAUUCAUGUUUAGGGAGAGUGAAAAUUCAAUAAAAGUUAUUGAUUUCACAAUUGAUUAUUUCUGAAGCAUUCAGGUAUUUAAUUUUAUUUCCUUUAGUUCGGAGAAUAAUUAGGUUGUUACUCCUAAAUCUUUUCUGCAAGUAUAAAGCUGAGAAAAUGUUCAUGUUCUCAGAGAUUAUGUGGAAUACGUUUCAAAACUUUUAUCCAAACCUUUAUUGCGUAAAAAUAUUGCAAAUUAUGUAUCAAAAGGUAGGAAAUAGCUACCUUAUGAGGAACAAUUUUUUAUGACUUUUUUUAGGAUAAUUUUUAUAUGUUCAUCCCUUCACAAAAUACAAUGUUGUAGAAAAGCAUAUUAACAAAAGUAUAGAAAUCCAAUAAAAACAUUUUUUUAAAUUCUUCUAUUGUCCAAGUGAGGUGAAAUUACAUUUUUAAAAUAUUGCUCAUUUUCUGUAGUUUAUGGAGUGAUUUUAUCUUACAAAAUUGAAUGAGCCUUUAUAUCACAAGGUGACAGCAUGAUCCAUGAGCUUGAACAUUUUCGUUGAAUAGCAUGAAUAUUAAGAAAUUAGAGAAAUUUAGAAUUGAUGGUUUCCUGAACAAAUUUAAUAAUUCUUACUUUGGCUUACCUUUCGUUUCAUUUGCAUAUUAGUACUAAUAAAGAAAUAUAUAAAAAAUGCAGUAAAUUACUAAUUGAAUGGUUAUAUUUUUUCAAAAAUUUGAUUCUUGAUUAUUAUCAGUAAUUGAAUUAAGAUUAAGUAAUUCAUCAUUGAUUUUAAGAUUGUUAAAAACAAAAAUAUUGAACAUGAGGUUUGCAAAUUGUAUGUCUGAAGAUGUUAUUCCAGUAUAUCUCAAGAGACCAGUAAUCAAACUACUGCUUAUAUUAACAUAAUUAAACUUUCCUUUUAUUGAAUCUUACUAUACCAACAUUUUUAAUUCAGGCUUUUAUAAAUGCAGAAAAUUUUGUGAAUUUAUUUUAUCCAGUAAGUGAAAAGAAAUCCAAAAUUUGAAACAUUCUCUCAAAAAUAGAAUUGUUGUUCUGAACUGAAACAUUUAGGCUGACCAAUCAAGUUUGUCCAUGAUGAGAAAAAAAAGAGUUUGCUUUGAUUCUCUAUAUACAGCUGAAUUGUUGCACUAUGUAAUUGCUUGUAAAUCAUAUUUUAAUAAAUAUUCCAUCACA